UUCUUAUUUGCAUUUUGUUGAUGUUAUUCGUGGGAGUGUGUUAUUGAUAAUGUAUUAUUGAAAUAAUUAAUGUAUGAAUGUAUAUUUAUGAUAAAUAAAGCUAAAUACAUCUUUUUCUACCAUGUUGAUAAGUUGGUUAAGAAUUAGGCUUAUAAGAUUAUGUUAUGGAGAAUUUUAAAGUCUGUUGAAUGCUUACUGCAACAUCGCCGAUUAUAAUACAAUUGCUGAAUUAAAAUAAGCAUAAUAUCUAGUGUUAUAACAUGGGAGACGUACAAGUGUGUCGUAUUUGUCUUAACAUGGGUGUAGCAAUGCAGGACCUGUUAGCUUACCCCUUAGAAACUUAUUUUGCAUCAUUCAUGAUUGAGAGCAAGCCAGUACAUGCUGAAUUACCUCCAUAUGCUUGCUACGAGUGUGCAGCACUGCUGAAGAAGUAUCAUUUGUUCAAGCAGAAGUGUCUGCAAAGCCAGGGCCUGCUGUGUGGGAUCAUUGAUGAUUGUGGAAAGAUUACACCACUACAAAUAAAAUCAAUCAACAGACAGAACCUUCUAGCAGUUUCUAAAGUCACUCAAAUUGACAUACUAGUAGAAAAAAGCACGAAUUCUCUCAAUAUUGAUCUACCUUACACAUACAUAGUAGAAGAGACUACAAACUUUUUAAAUGUUGGCCAACCAAACUUCAUGGUUGAAAAUAUUAAGAAAGAGGAUCAUGAUGACACGGCGGUGUCUGAUGAAAUUACUCCUUGUAUAUCUAGUGAUGAGGAAGAAUCGGAGAAUAUUGGGAAGAAGUUUCGAGAUUUGGAGAAGGUUGAUAUUUGUGUGAAGAUGGACUUGCAAGAGUCUGAUGAUCAAGAGCUCCCAAUAACCACAGUUGAUGUAAAAAGGCAGCCGCUUCGUAAAUCGCGAGCCACAGCUAAGAAGCAAGGCAGACUAAAGACGAAUAAUACUAGAGUUAAUAAAAAGAGGUCGACUGAAGUGAAGGAUGAUAGCCUCUGUGAAGACGAGGGUUUGGAUGAUAUUACUGUUGUUACUUUGUCGCUAGCAGAGCAGUUGGAAGAGAUAAACAAACGCAAGCAGUCGUCCAACUACCUGAACUGUCCUUACCAGUGUCACUUGUGUUAUAAGGGGUUCAAUAAAACCCUCACGUGGAAGCAUCAUCUUAGUAAACAUUCGCCCAACGCCGGAGAUAUAGAGUGCAAUAUCUGUAAAUAUCGAUUUAAAACGAAAAGGAAUUUACAACGACAUGCUCUGAACCACGGCAAGAAAUAUCUGUGCAACUUAUGUUCAUACAACUCUAGUAAUAUUACCACAGUGAAGCAGCAUCAAGGAUCCCAUAAAGGCGUGACUCAUAAGUGCAACUUUUGUGAUGAAGUUUUCACAGUUCGAACAACAUACGUCUGUCACAUGCGUAUAAAACACCCUUCUGAGAACAUCUGUGGUUACUGCGGCUACUCGUUCUACAGUAAACGCGGACUCAUCGUACACAAGAACAUGGUGCAUAAGGACGUUGAUGAGAACGCAGAACAGAGCACAGAGGCGGGUCCCUACUGCGCGGAGUGUGAUGUCAAGUUCAUCUCUACUGAAGCGUACAAGCGACACAUGGUCAUGUCCGUCAAACACACGCAGAGCACGGAAUCUAUUAACGGGUGCCGUGUCUGCGGGGCUACGUUCAGGGACGCUGAGGAGUUGCGGCUGCAUCAUCGCAAGGAGCACCCGAAGAGACAGCCUAAACAUUACAGGGCGAAGGCCGUCACUAAGUGGCCGACACAGUGUGAGCAUUGUCCGCAAGAGAUUGAGAACGCGCGUGCCUACUGGAAACAUUUCCGAACAAUGCAUCCCAAUGAAAACUAUCCAGUGCAGAAGAAAUGCGUUUGUGAUAUAUGCGGGAAGAGGUUCACGUGCAAUGCUCUCCUAACGAUCCACAAACGGACCCACAUAGGCGAGCGUCCGUACAAAUGUUCUCGCUGCGACCGCGCGUGCUACAGCGCCUUCGACUUGCGCAUCCACCAGCAGAAGCACUCGGACGCCAGGCCCUUCCCCUGCACCUUCUGUGCUAAGGCCUUCAAGAGGAAAGAGGCUCUCGAAAGGCAUUUAAAGAUCCAUUCUGGUGAUAAUCCAUACAAAUGUGAGAUUUGUGGCGUGGCCUUCAACAAGUCUUGUACGCGGACCCUUCAUGUCCGCACCGUGCAUACUAAGGAACCCGCGCCGCCAAGAAAACGAAGGAACAAAAUCAACAAAUAAAUUGACCUUUAGAAGUUUUUCGGUUUUCUGAUUCUUCAUAGAAAAGAAAGUGGGGAAGAUAGUUGUGCGCUUACAAGAAAUAAGUGCUGUUAAUAUGGAGGAAAACUAGAAUGGUAUAAGUUUUCCAAGUAUGUAAAAGUGUCACGAGAUUAGAACAAUAAUAAUUAAACUGUCUAAAAUCAAA